AUGCCGUCCAGCCCGCCCGCCCACGGCCCAUUAGGUCGACAGCCGGCCCAGGUGCCAGCCGUCCCCUCCGCGGCGCAGGGGGCAGCAAAUCCCCUCAUCCGCGCCGCCCGCGCAGCGCCCGACCACGGCACACACGCCACCGGCACGGCAAGCAGCAGCGGACCACCCACGCCGGGGCAGUCACCAGCCGCAGCCGCGCGCGUUACAGCGCCGGCCGGGGCACCAGGCGUCACCACGGGGGAAAACCCGGGCGGCGCGGCGGGCUGCGGCGCGGUGGGAGCGGGAACAGCCACCACGGCCGGACGGCGCAGGGGAGGCCGGGCAGGCACGCGGCCCCUACGCGACGACGGCCGUCCCCUCCGACGAGCAGGCCGGGCCGCAGCCCGGAAAUCGCCCAGGAGCGGCGGCGCCAGCAACACCGGCAACUCCACCCGACCCUCCCCCUCCUCCUCUUCUGCCCAGUCUGCCCACGACUGCGAGAGGUAG